AAAUACGCCUCUGUAGGGCGUGCCUCCGCUCAUGAACACUGGCUAAAGCUAUUUUGUCCCUAACCUUUCAUAUAUAAUUUGUACUUUAUAUUUUAAUAUGGAAAUCGAUGGCUACAUGUCUAUUUUCAUGAAAUAGGUCAGAUUCACAAUUCACUCUACAUCACAGAAAAUGAUGGUAAUACCAUUAUGGACGUUGUUAUUGGCUAAUGCGGUAUUGGGGCAUGUUUACAAUGCGGUCGAGACAGAAAUGUUCGCGAUACCAAUCAGCCCCAAUUUAUUUAACUGGACAUACCAAGAAUUCGAUCAGCAGUACCGUUUCCAUGCAUCACUGAUAGGAAAACCAGAACUACCGUCAUGGCUUCGUUACAUAUACAGCGGAAGACACCACUCUGGGUUUAUUUUCGGCACGCCACCACGCAACACGAAAACUCCUAUAACUCUGGAAGUUAUUGGCCUAAACAGACAAGACUAUGAAACACGACGAGUGUUACUGAAUCUCAAAGUUCAACCUAAACAGAAUAUGGCCAAACAUGAGGUAGAAUUAAAAAUCGACAAUUUAAACGUUGAAGACUUACUAGAUGAGCACAGAAUGACACGUCUUAAAGAUAUUCUCAGGACGAAAUUAUGGACUGAGAGUAGCAAGGAUUUGUACCCUACUUUCCUUGCUUCUGCAAUUGAUUUAGGAGCAAGAUUGCCUUUAAAACCGAGUGAUGGCGAGGGUCUUGUAGUUAGACUUGGUAGUUCAGUUCCAUUUUCUUCCGAACUAAAACGGCUAAGAGAAGAAGUUCGACCACUCUCCCGUUUACCGAGCUGUCCAAGAGAAUACAAGAGAACUACAGUGGAGAGAUUGUUUAGAGAUGCUGGAUUUACUCUCGACUGGUGCAGUUUUGAAUUGUACAACACAGUGUACAGAGAACGCACAACAGAGCGCCUAGAGUAUCUAACGGAAGCACCCAGUAGCGGCGGGCCUCACGAGGACCGGCGGGCGGGGCGCGCGCGGCGGGCCCCGGCACGGCACGGCCUGCCGGCGCGCUCCCUCGCGCGCGCGCUGUGGGCGGCGGGCGCGGCGCCGCUCGUGCUGCUGCUGCUGUGCACCGCUGCGCUCUCUGCCACCCUCUGCCUGCACUAUGCCGCUGUACGCGAUGCCGUUUCCGAGCUAUUCCUUGAUGAUAUCUUUCACAUCUGUGAAGAUUAUAGAAACCGAAGAGCUCACAAAUCAGCUAAAGUCGAACUAUGCAGGUGGGGCACUGGCAACACUGAGCAGACGCAAGCUGAUAACUGCAGUAGUAAGAGUGUCGGAGUCAGCCCAAACAACAGCCUCGUCAGACCAUACAGUCCUAAAUCGACAACCAACCUCGCAGCCAACUACAACCGACCGCAGCCACCUCCAUACAUCGGCUCCACUACGAAUUCUCUCCACCACAGGAAAUCAAACGAAAAGACACCAACCUCCCACACCCCAGAACAUAAUCGAGGCCAUUUAGCUUUAGAAGAAUCUCUCAAAUUACUAAACGAUGCUAAUAUCUCAAAUGAAUUCGAUAAUUUGAUACUUCGAGACCAAAUAGUUGAUUUGAACGACGGUACAGACGACUAUGUACCGAUAAAAUCGGAAAUGGCCGGUUAUUUGUCGAUGAAAGCGGAUAAAACCGGUUAUACCAACAUGAAAUCGGAUUUAGAUGAUAUUGUUGUACCGGAAUUAGCGAAAUAUGGGAUUUCCGGUAUCGGACAGAUUUGACAUGAAGCUGAUGGUUCGAAACCGCCUGUUAAAACUUGGUUUUGUUAAGGAAUUAACGCCUAGUCUGUUUGAAUGUUUAUUGGACAUAUAUAAUCAAUUAAUAAAAUAAGGGCAUGUUUUACCGGUAGCUGAUAAAGAUAUCUGACUUAUAACGGUACCCAAUAAAAGUUUGUGAUAAA